GAGAGGAUAGCUUAAUUGUAUCAUCUUUAUAUAUUAAGCUUAAGCUUAGGACGUGGGCGGUAUCAAAACAUUGAGUACGUUUCGUAUGUUGACGGACUAUUUACUGUUUAAUAAUAUUGACUUAAAAUUCAAGACAUAUGGAUUGUUAUUAUUAAAUAUUGAUGUUAAGUGAAAGGCAGUAGUGAAAUUAAAAAGAUACAAUAAGUAUUUCCUAUUUAUUGACUGAAGUGUUAUUUAUUAAUUGUCGGAAAAUGACAGCAUCCACGAUGAUUGAACUGGAAUCCUGGAUAAUCUACCAGUGUGUUCUGAAUGAGUGCCAUGUUUCCAGCACAUGAGCAGGACUGUUUUUUUGCCACGAGUUUUUUUUAAGUUUUCUUCAUGGUAGCCACUUCGAUGGAGGGUGGCGCGUGGUGCGCCCGCGACAUCUCUCUGCGCGCGCAGAAGAAGUUCCUCUCGCGUGUGGGGGGCGCUGCAAGUGCGCGCUCGUUGGUUCUUGACGAACACGCUGCAAAACUACUAGACCAGUUCUUAAGCGUAUUACGCGAGCGCGUGGAGAAGCGAGAGGCUGAGAAGCUGGUCAAGCACGUGAUCAAAGCUGCUGUGAAGCUGGGUGUGUUGCGGCGACACGGACAGCUGUCAGCUGCGGACGAGAGAGCCUUGGCUGCAUUUCGCUCGAAAUUUCACACCGUAUUGAUGGCGGUGGUAUCAUUCUGUGAGGUGGACUUCUCAUACGAUCGAGGAUUUCUUCAGGAUGCUCUUCGGGAAUCACAUCAAUCACUUAAGGCCGUGGUCGAGCGCCACUUAUCCGAUAAGUCAGUCUCACGACUGGCCGGAGUAUUCGCACUAGCCUCUAGGGGUGAGCUCCUCGAUUCAUUAUUCGCUGGACAGAUAGACGAUGACGUCAUCAAACUAACCAGGAUGCUUCGGAAAGAACUAGACAGGGGGCUGCUAUAAUCCAGCAAUAUGGGAACAAAUGUGCCGUCCUACUCCAAAGCUCUGCUCACAGACCAUCUUCUAAAGUCUCCUAAGAUUAACAAUCUUGGAACGCUUCGACAAUGGGAUCACAUAAUCGUUAUCUCCAUAAAUGGGGAAUUGACUCAUAAGUAAAAGUUUUAAAUAUUGUUGCACUUAGAUUUAUUUGCAGUUUGAUGUCGCACAUUGUAGAUUUCAAUCAGCCGUAGUUGGAUAUCCAAUGGGUAAAACAGUAUUUGCGCUAAAUCAACUAUUAUUGAUACGAGACAUUUAGCUAGGAAGGGAUAAAAUAUUGGAUUAAGGAGAGUAUAGCGUUGAUAGCGGCUUGUGUCCUCGAUCAUCACUAACAAAACUUGCGGGUAUUCCGAGAGCUCUCUAGAAUUUUCGUACCAUGGUAUUGAUCAAGAAAAGUUUAGACAAACAAGACUGUUUUGAAUACUCAACAAAGACCGUUUAUUUAUUAAUUCACUGUAUCCGUUAACGCACACUGUACUUGUGGUAUAAAUUUUAGUGAAUUUGGAACGUUUAAUGGAAAUGACAUAAGGCACCACACAGGCACAUAGGCUUGGGAUUGGGUUUAACGUUUUAAUAUGACGGAAUUGGGUGUAAUUAAUUGGAUAGUUUAUUAUGAAAUGUUUUUUAUCCAAUAAUAAAGCGUAGUUUUAUAACGAUAUUACAUGGCAGAAGAGAUCACACUGGUCUGAAGAAUGCCUCCAUUAAACUGUAGGCCGAUAAAAUGUUCUCCAAUGUCACUUGCCGUUAAUGACUUUAAAAGUUUAAACGACGCUAAAACUAUCUCAGUCGUUAAAACUUUUCUUGUAAUUGAGAACAAUCUUAGGUUUAGAAGACGAUCAGUCUUAAUAAUGAAUUGACAAUUUUAAAAUGUGUUGCGUGUCGCUUUUUGAAGUCUAUUUAUAGACGUGAUUGUAUCUUUGAAAUGUAAAAGGGAUGAAUGUGAAACUAUAGAUGCCGCAUUUUGCCUACAAAAUUGAAAUAAUGCCUAAAGUUUACAAUGCGAAAUGAAAUGAGACUUAUUUUAAUGAUUACUCAAUGCAAUUUUAAGAAUAUUACUAUAAUUAUAAAUACGGAUCUGUUUCUUGGCUUAUUCUGUUUAUCAUAAGUAAUAAUAAAAAAAAAUGUUUAAAAUAUACGUUUCAGUCCCUUUUUAAGACUGUAUAAGACGAUUACAAAGUCUCACUUUCACUCAAAACCAUUAAUUGCAUAUGUGACGAAAAUAGCAUAAAGUUAAAAUAUAUAAUAUAUAUCAUGUAAAUUCAUGCAGUAAACAUUUAUAAAGAUUAAACGAGGAAAACACGUAGUUAAGUAUAUUAAUACAUACUGAAAUUAAACCAAUGUAUGUAACAUUGGUUUAAUUACAUACACAAUAAUUGUGUCAUUUUAUUUUAAUUAUCGAAAUUUGGACUCAAAUUAUUAGUUUUUUUAUUUCUAUUUUCCUAUAGUUCUCAAGUCAAUAUAAGACUUUUUUUUUUAUUAUUAUGUACGAUGUACUAAUCUAUACAGAUUAAAAUUUUAAAAUUGAAAGAAUUAAUCAUUCGUAUCGAAUCGAAAACUAUCUUAAAAUUGCAUUGUAGUUGUAAUAUUGACUACGUUGUGACUAAGAUCUUGCCUCAUUUUAGUCGAUCGAUACAAUUUUAGUGUUGAUAAUUUAAUUUUAAUCAUUAUGUAAAUAUAAUGUAGUAUAUAAUAUUUGUACAUUGAAUGGUUAGUGGUGUAAGGAAAUAUCUUUACCGUUACCAAUAUUUUCUAAAGUUAAUUUACCGAUAAGCAAUUUAUACAAUAAAUUAUUUUUCAUCUAUGUUCGGGUUUUAAGAAGUUUGACAAUUUUUUAUUAAUGGCA